GUUCUGAUAAAACAGAAGAAUACCUUGCAUAGCGCACACGGAAAUCUACAUGUUGCGCAGAUAAGGUAACUCGUGACCAGGCAUCUUAAUCAGUGAUAGGUUAGCUAAAUGUAUGCUGUGAACUCCAGUCUAACUGAAACCUUUUUGAAUCCGAAAGUAAACAAUUUGUGUGGCGAUUUCAAAAGCUUUUUCUUUUUAUAAAGAUAGGAGUUCUUUCCCGUCGUUACUGUUAUCUGCAUUACAUUAUUAAAACGGAAUAAACGACCGAAUAGCAUUUGCCAGUAAAGGAAAGGGUAACUCAUCGUGUUCUCGCGAAAUCGGUAUGACGUCUCCAUUCUGGUAGGGGGCCUACUACCAUGCUUCAGCAGCCUGUUCUAAUGAAGCCAGCAACAUGGUCGUGGAUUAUUCCUUUGAUAUAUCUCAGCCUGCUUCAGACGAUUGGUGGUCUUCCGCCUUCCAUAAAAAUAGGACUACUUUACGAACAUGGGAACGCGGACGUAGAAUUAGCAUUCAAAUCUGCAACGAAUCGAAUCAACAGCAGGCGGGAUAUACUACAGGGGACGAGGUUGGAGCCAGUUACUGCUCAAAUUCCAGCACAAGAUAGUUUUAAAGCUUCUAAGAAACUUUGUCAUAUGCUUCAAGAAGGAGUUGCGGCCAUUUUCGGGCCGAAAUCAGGUCUUCCGUCUGCGCAUGUGCAGUCCAUCUGUGACUCCAUGGAUAUUCCCCACAUAGAAGCCAAGUGGGGCUAUCAGGUCCUCAUGGAGUACUACGCCAUAAACAUGUACCCACAUUAUACUACCCUCAGUCGUGCCUUCAAAGAAGCCGUGGACGUGAUGGAUUGGAGGACGUUUACGGUCCUUUAUGAGACAAACGAUGGCCUGAUUCGACUACAAGAGUUAGUCAAUGCACAACAAGGCAAAAAUCGUCAGAUAACCAUCCGAAAGUUAGAGGGGAAAAAUAACGAUUAUAGACACAUCUUCAAAGAGAUGAAGAAAGAGAAUGAAUACAAGAUUAUACUGGAUUGUAGUACGGACAUGAUAGAGACAGUUCUUAGACAGGCACUCUCCGUAAAUGCGAUGACAGGAGAUCACCACUACCUUAUAACUAGUCUAGACCUGGGUUUGGUGGACAUGGACCUUUUCGCCUACACCCCCGCCAACAUCACCUCUUACCGCAUUGUCGACCCUCGCAACCCAAUAGUCGUUGACGUGAUCAGUCACUGGCUUAUGCAAGAAACAAGAGCUCCCAAGUCGACGCCACUUUGGGGAAAGAAUACUAUUCGGACCGAGGUUGCUCUAAUCUAUGACGCGGUUUAUCUUUUUGCUCGCGCGCUUCAUGAUAUCGGAUCGACGGCGCAGAAUAUUGUACCACAACAACUCUCUUGCCGGAAGUCGGAAUCGUGGGAUCAUGGGAGUAGCCUAAUCAAUUACGUCAAAAUGACUCAGAUUGACGGUAUGUCAGGGAAGGUGCAGUUUGACAGCCGAGGUCUCCGAAGUGACUUUGAUCUUCAGCUCACGGAAGUGCACACAAACGGAAGUCUGGUUUCGAUGGGUGACUGGAGCCUGCGUACCGGUCUCAACAUCACGCACUUUUACACUGACAUGGACACCAAAGCGACGAUUGCACUGGCGAACAACACACUUCGAGUCACCACAAUUCUGGAUGAACCGUUUGUUAUGAUGGCGGAACAACCCAAAGAUGGAACUUUAACAGGCAAUGCAAGAUUUAAUGGUUACUGCAUAGACUUGUUAGAGCGCAUAGCAUCUAUCAUCCCGAACUUCAGAUACGAUAUCCAUCUUGUAGAGGAUGGGUCGUACGGUUCACCAGAAGACACUGACCAACCAAUGACAUCGCCUUGGAAUGGUAUGGUAGGAGAGCUCAUGAAUGAUAAAGCAGACCUUGCCGUUGCCUCUCUCACAAUCACCUACAUUCGAGAGCAAGUUAUCGACUUCACCAAGCCCUACAUGAACCUUGGCAUCAGCAUAAUCUUCAAGCGGCCAGAGGGGAAGGAGUCUAACUUAUUUUCAUUUCUGUCGCCUCUCUCUUUCGAAGUCUGGCUCUACGUGAUCGCCGCCUACGCUGUGGUGAGCGUGACCUUGUUUGUCCUUGCCCGGUUCAGUCCUUAUGAGUGGGUGAACCCGCAUCCCUGCAACCCGGAGACGGAUGAGUUGGAGAAUCAGUUCAGUUUGGUUAACAGUUUAUGGUUUACGAUAGGAUCUCUCAUGCAACAAGGUUGCGAGAUAGCCCCCAGGGCCAUGUCAACGCGGAUAAUCAGUUGUAUCUGGUGGUUCUUCACGCUCAUCAUGAUAUCAUCCUACACGGCUAACCUGGCCGCCUUCCUGACAGUCGAGAGAAUGGUCUCCCCUAUCACCAGCGCCAAGGAUCUCUCUAAACAGACCGACAUCCAUUAUGGAACAGUAAAAAGUGGCUCAACGCUGACGUUCUUUCAGACCUCCCAUAUUGCAACGUAUGCGCGAAUGUGGAACUUCAUGAAGAAACACAGGGACACAGUGUUCGUCAAUUCAACCAAAGAAGGCAUAAAACGAGUGAGAGAGGGAAAUUACGCAUAUCUGCUCGAAUCGACGAUGAAUGAAUAUUUCGUUCAGAGGUACUGUGACCUGAUGCAGGUUGGAGGUUUGAUAGAUUCAAAAGGUUAUGGUAUUGGCACAAAAAGAGGUUCUAUUUUUCGAGACCGGUUGUCCAACGCCAUCCUAAAACUUCAGGAAGACCAGGAGAUGCAUAGACUCUACGACAAGUGGUGGAGGGAGAAGGGUUCCAGCGGCUGCGACUCUAAGGAUAGUAAAGAAGCCAACUCGCUCGGCGUGGGAAACGUUGGCGGUGUGUUCGUGGUGCUCCUGGUUGGUAUGGCCUGCUCCGUCCUUGUGGCUAUCUUUGAGUUUAUUUGGAAAGCUCGGAAGAAUGCCGAUGAGGAUAAGCAAUCCCUAUGUUCCGAGAUGGCGGAGGAGAUCCGGUUUGCCGUCCGAUGCGGCGGCUCAUCGAAGAAGCCCGCGAUUAAACCCCCCAAAUCAAGGCGAGAGGCCGACGAGCUCUUCGAGCACGGUAUUAACAAUGGCUUGACCAACUACCAUACCCAGUUUGGAGGCCUGAUGCCUGGCGAUACCCCACUGCAGAUGCGGAGUUUGUACGCAUGAUGAUAAACAGGGGUUAACUGGUGACUGGCGGACGCCUAUGGUGCCUGAGGUGCUGUGACUGACAGACGCAUGGUGUAGAGGGCGCUGUUUUCAGGUUGAGGAGGUCACAUGAUGAAUGUUUUCAGGACGUGAUUCUUGCAUCAUUUUGGGAAAAAAGCAACAAUGUCUUCACGACACGGUUGUCGAUGCGUUGCUUGCCCAGUGUUUCGGUUCGAGUUGGGCUUCCGCACUAGUUAUUGCAUAGGUUUGAUUUAGUGUGCUCACUCGUCCAUAAGGACAUUCUCGUUGACGUUCAAGGACAGUAUAGAACCAACAGAAUCUUUGAUCCCAAUAUAUUGAAGUGAGACUCAAUCUCUCUUUUCAGUACCUUACACGUCUUAAUUCAUCAUCUACAUGCUAGUGAAUAAACUGUGCAUCAGAUUGAUAAACACCUGACGAAAUGUGGUUCGAGAAAAAGUCGGUUUCUUUACAAAAGCCAUUGUUCAUAAACAUCGAGGCUUGACUACACAGUUACAAAUUGUUGUCAUAAACAGCUGGGAACCAAAUGUCUGCUAAGAUUGGUAACCGAUCUGCUAAGAAAUGCUUAUCACAGAUAAGGUACCAAUGUUUGCACCGAUGCAGUAAAUGAACGAGUUGGACUCCCUCUACACUGCAGACAACUGGAAAACUACUCAUUAAAGGGCUGUAAAUAUACAAAUCAAUGUAAAUAAAAGUAUUUUAGCAAUAGAAAUUUGAUAAUGGAAACUAGUAUUCAUCGGAAGAAGUUUAACUAUAUGCUCGAUUUCUAAAAUUUAUACGCGCAAAUUCGGAUAUCAUCACUGCCUGAGGUUUUUCUAUAGAUAUUUUGAUAUCUUUCCCUGGUUUUAUUUCUGCACUUUCCUUUUGUUACUAAAUGUAGCUCACAUUUUCUAAAGGUUUCGCCUUUUCUACUGACGCGGUUUCAAAAACUCUUCAAUUAAGUGGUAGAGAAACAUUUCUCAAGACAUUUCAUGAUCAAUCACACAUUUUCACAGCACCUUCUAAGUGCAAUUGGUUCACAGUGGGCAAUCGUACCCCGCUUACUAUAAACGGGGCCAUUUUAUUUCGGCGAUAAAAAAAUCGCUGGUUGCGACAGAUUUGCUUUACUCGCUGAAUGACAUGCUUCUGUUCCACAUCAUACGCAAGCUUUGUACGCUUCUCAGCAGUGCACAGUUGAGUGUGUUCGUUUAAAGGCGCGGCGCUUUUUGCUUUGGUUCUUUCAAUACCACAGUUGACCCCGGUAUAUAAGUCUGAAGAUUUCAGUAUCUUUUAAGUAAAGAGAUAUUCCAUGAUUCAGGUAUUCAUACGUUUUCACUACAAUAUGUGUCUUAUGUUUGCUAUCAAAAAAUGUAUUAAGUAGUUGUAAAAGCCAUUUCAGCUCGGGAAACAUCAGAAUUUGUCUAAAAAUGCGCAUUGGAAUUCAGCCAGUUUCAGUACUUGUUCCUGCUGCCCUAGUCAGCAGCAACAAACACACGAAGUUGCUAAUCUCCCAUGUAAAAUAAACAAUAAAUAUCGUUAGACACAGUUUGUACGUUUAAGUUGGAACUAUUGAAAUUAUCGCUUUGUGUUGUCUGCGAAUAUAUCAGCAGUUGUAAAUUUGUCAGUCUUGCGGGUCUUGAAAUUUUAAAUCCAUGAGUCAACUUGGGUCAGUUAUCAAUAUAGAGGCUCGACGACAUACAGUACGUCAUUUGCAGAUGGCGAUACUGGUCGCUCAGACCAAUCACCCCGAAACGUGGACUAUCUCCUUACUUCGCUUGCUUGCAGUCUAAAAUACAUGCCACACACAGCUUCACAGCAUUGUUGUAGCCAUAAUUGAUAUGAAAAAAGGCACUCUACACUAAACUAUGGUUUAUUUAAAUUAAAAGAAAGUGUUUCAAAUCUUCAAAGAUUUUGCUACCAUUUUGAUAAAGUAUGAAACGUAUAUUGGGAUUUAGAUUAGCUCUACACAGAGACAGUGUAAGGUAUUUCGAGAUUUGCUCAAAAUAAAAAAAAGCCCUUGCCGGUAUAAUCUCAACUCGCAGCUUUGAUCUAUUAGUAAUAACUUAAAUGUUUGAUUCAUGAUAAUCUUCAACUUACUGUCGAUCUAAUUGACUUAAUCAGUUCAGUUAAGUCCAUGAAUGCAAAUAGCAUGCUAGCGGGUAUAGUGCGUAUCAUAUGUGGACGGGGAGCCUUAAAGGCAAAAGGCAUCAUUUUCAUACAUCGUCAACAGCACCAACAUUACUUCCUCAAAACGACGAACGUGUGUUCGACAAAACAAUACGUUGAUCAUUAUAUCACAAUAUUGAGCUCUCGUGUUGCCACGUGCACGAACCUUAUCGACAGUAGUCAGGUUUCGGAACCUUUACGAAAUAUGGACGUACCAAUUUUCGAAUUGAGUCGACUUUAAACACUCUGGUGGUCUUUGAGAACUGAAACAUUCGCUUGUAGGGUGAUUUGCCUUGAUUCGGGUUCGUGUUAGUGUGUCAAAGAAUCGCUAAUCAGCUUAAUGACCUGACUGUGGUUGAAAUAAAUUCUUUUCAUUAUCAUUCAAAGCCCGGUUUUACCAGGGCCUCACAUACAUGUAUAGACACGUCCAGUGUCAAUGACAUAGUAUUUAGAUGUAGUCAUUUGCAUACUAUAAUCGACGAAGAAAUCUAAAAAAAACUGUAUAUAGAAUUGUGCAAUGCAACGUCUGUGCUUGUACAUGGCUGAUGUUAUGUAAUCAUUCAAAUGUACAUUGUAUAUGGUGCUAUAUGGGGGAAGGACAAUCAUGUUGUCUCGCUCGUUAACCGUUGGUGUCAUUCUGAGGCGUUAUUCAGAUUUUGUAAUGAUAAUGCAUAUGCAGACUGAGACUUGGGCUCUCUCGGCCAGUUCCUAAGUGACGACAUUUAUUAAUCUUUUUUUCGAAUUGACAUACUGUAAAUAGGCAUUUAGAGUGGUGAAAGGACAAUACUACCAUUAACGCUGGAAAUGUCGACAUCGAUAAGCCUGUUGAAGCGCGUCUGCUAUGGGUAAAGAUGAAAUAGGGCUAUUGUACAAGAGCACUAAACCGGCCUAAACACUUCGAUGCAGGCGUCAUCCUUCAUUUAGUAACUAACAGCUUGUGCCGAAACAACGAUUGCUUCACUCAAUCAAGUGGGUAGUUCUUUAUAUACAAGAAUAGAUAUGCAUCAUAUAGUGUCAAAAAGAUUCUUCUUGAAAAUGUCAUUGCAUACUAGUAUUCAUAGCCAGCAUGUCGCAAAUGCACAGGGGACACGACGAGGCCUGGAAACAUCACCAAAAAUUGACCUUUAUAUAAUUUGUUCUUGUUACAUGUAUAAUAUUGGUAUGCUGGUAAAGUUCCCCUCUAUCAGGCAUCAGUGAACAUCCAGUAGUAUAAUUCGUGUACAUUUACGCAUACAUGAAAGAGUACAAUUCACAUGAAGAGUAUCAUUUAUGUACAUGAAGGAGUACUAUUCAUGUACAAGCACAUAAAAGAGUAUGAAAACAACAUGAAAAAGUAUCGUGUACAUGAAUAAUACUUCAUAUCAUCAGGCGGUAGACUGCUGCUCUCAAUGACCCUGAUAAAAGCGACACAGAGCUGCGGUGUUGACGAAUAAAGCUGGGAGGAUUAAAACAUCAACAUAAUCAUUCUUCCUCCAUCAUUUUGUAAAUAUUGGUAUGAACUGUUGAGCGAUAGUGGCGAGGUGACGUCAUGUGCCUUCCUGGUCGUGUUGUCUGUAUCUAUUUCAUCGGCAUUUAUCAUCACAAAUUUACCCAGAAUCCCCCAGAGACAGAAACACAGAGACUGUUGAGACCAGUGCGGUGAUUCAUAUGCCAGAUUACGCAUUACAAGUAGUUUCCACUUGGUUCCGCUACAGUGAAAAACGAUUUUAUCGACCCAUGUUAUAACUUUUGGGAAAAGGUCUUUGAGCCAUCACUUCACUUCUAUCGUAGCAGUAAGAGCGGCUCUCUUCGAUUGUGUCCCGAAGCAGAACCAAGAGAAGCAACUUACAUUACGUAGUCAGUCGCGCGAAAUACCACACCGGAGAUGAUCGACAAGUUGGGUAUACAUCAUUAGGGAGUUUUCACAAUUCCCCCGAAACGUCAACGUGAACGUCUAUCUCAUUAAUGCGCGUAAAUUGCCCCGCACUGAACAAUCGAUGCAUGUUUGCAUGAUUUUCGAUAUUUCACUUUCAACACAAAACACAGAGGGCUCAGACACGUCAUACCAGUUAUAAAAAAACCCGGCUACUACUCUUUGUGGCGUGAUAGUAUUAGCAGUAUAGUACGUUCAACGUGGAAAAGCUUAAAUCGUCGAUGCAUCUAAUGUCAUAUUCCGAAAUUUCAUCCGUACUAAUCAACGUACAUGUUCGAACACAAAUGUGAAACAGUCAUUGGUUAUUAUUUGUAAUAAUAUGAUUGAAACCACUUGUGAUUCCUAUGAAAUGUUGGUGAAUUCGAGUUUCUACUGUGUGUGUUGAAUUUAUAUAAUCAUCGAAAUAAAUAGUCAUCCCUUGUGUAAA